AUGGAGCAUAAUGAGGAGGAGCCAGGAAAGAGGCCUUACAAAAUCAAAGAUGUCACACGACAAAUAAAAAAAGCAGUUGUUGCAUCAAAUUUGCAGGAGCUGCAGAAAAAGUCAUCGGAAAAGUUUGGAAAAACGGAAAUGCCACAAAUUCAUUUAGAUUCAGAUGGCACUGAGAUUGAUGAUGAGGAUUAUUUUCAGACCUUGGAACCAAAUACGGAAUUAAUUGCUGUAUUCAGUGGAGAGCAGUGGAUUGAUCCAACACACUAUCUGACGAUCUCAACGCACAAUUCGGAAAUUGAUUCAAUCGACAGUGCUGGAAAUGGCGAGAAAGUUCACUUAAAGAAGCUUGUGGGUCAAAUGAAAUCAAAUCUUUGCAAUAUCUCAAUACUUAGUGAACCUGACUUGGAGCUUUUAUCAAAUAUGGAUCCAAAUGAAGUUGCUGACAUCACCGGACGUGAUUUCGUGGAGCAGCUCAAGGAAACUUCAGGCAGACUCCUUAAUGAAAAGCGAGAUGCAUAUGACGCAAUUGAGUUAUUGAAGCUGAUUGGAAGAUAUCAAAGCGGUGUUGGAAACAAGACAACUUCAGAAUUUCGACCAUUCUCACCAUCAUCUUCAACAUGCAGUUUGUCCACCAUGAGCAGUUUUUCCAGCACCAAUCAGCAAUAA